AUGACCUGGUCGGGAGGACUCGACUAUUUUGGGCCUUCAGGAAUAGAACCUAGGACAACCGCGGCAUACCUAUUCAGUGCUGCGGGUGUUCUCUACUUCGUUCUUGUUAUAAGCCGCCUCUUUUUCAACCCUUUAUCCGACUUUCCAGGGCCCCGUCUUGCGGCAGCAACUCGUUGGUAUGAAGCAUACUUCGACAUCCUACGUGGGGGUCAGUUCAUGUAUGAAAUCCAGCGUCUGCAUAAAAUCUACGGACCUGUCUUGCGCAUUGGUCCUAACGAGAUCCAUGUCAACGACCCCGACUUUUAUGACGUGUUGUAUGCCGGACCAACUCGACGUCGCCACAAGGAUCCAUGGUUUCUAUCCUCUAUUGCACCCGGCAUGUCUUUUGCUGCCAGUAACUAUGACCAUCAUCGCGCACGACGCAGUGGUUUGAGUCCCUUCUUCUCUAAGACAGCUGUCAGAGGAUGGGAGCCAGUGAUUCAGGAGAAUAUUCGGCUACUAUGCCAACAUUUUCACCGAGCACAGGAGACCAGCCAAUUACUGGAGUUGCACACCUGUUUUGUCAACUUUGCUGUUGAUACUGUCUCACAAUAUGUGUUUGGCAAGGACUCCGGGUUCGAUACACUUAAGGAACCUAUACUAAGGGAAAAGUGGAAGAAGGGAGUCAACGGUAUAUUCGAGCUACUCUUGCUCGUUCGUCAUUUUCCCUGGAUGUACUUCCUCUCCAGGAUUACUCCCGUUUGGUUCUCGCGUAUAUUUUUCCCGGCAUUCGGCCAUGCUGCUGCAAUCGAGAGGGACGUUGAGAGACACACUCUAAAGGCUUUCAAUCGCCAUAGUGGUUCUGAAACCUCCAUUAUCGACCAUCUUCUAUGCAAUGACAAACUUCCGCCUGCAGAGCGUACUUUGGCCCGGCUGACUGACGAGGCCAAGUUCCUACUAGUUGCGGGGACAGAUGCGCCUUCUCAGGUGAUGGCAAUUACGAUGUAUCACGUUUUAAGCAACUUGGAAGUUUAUAACCUACUCCAAGAGGAACUGCAGAUUGCUUUACCCGAUGCAAGUAUGGACAUUUCAUGGAGUGAUCUCGAGCGGUUACCCUAUCUUGACCAGACCGCAGUCAUAUCAGAAGGCUUGCGGCUCUCCGCGGUCGUGACCUCGCGUCUGCCUCGAAUUGCCCCGGACGAGGAUUUGGUCUGCCACGGUUGGCGGAUUCCUGCAGGCACUUCUAUCAGCAUGUCAAAUCAUUUUGUCCUUCGCGAUUCCGCCAUUUUCUCCGAUCCAUUAACCUUCCAUCCUGAACGGUGGUUGUCCUCAUCAUCUACGUUGAGCCGGUAUCUCGUGCCAUUUUCAAAAGGUAGCCAGGGCUGCUUGGGGCCUAAUAUGGCCUGGUGCUGGCUCUACAUAGGGCUUGCUACUCUCUUUCGCCGGUUUAGGUUGGAACUCGUUGACACGGACGAGAGCAACGUGACGAUCGUCCGUGAUUGUUUUAAUGGACAAACGCCUACUGGUAAAAACCGUAUACAAGUGAGGGUUCGCUAG